AAGAAGAAGAAGAUGCUCCUCAGACCAGGUCCGGUUCUUCGAUACCAUCGUUUUCAGUCUCGGUCCAGUUCUUGUCAGACCAGCCUCCUCGGACCUUAUCCUUCUUCGGACCGGUUCUGCUGUGUUCUGCAGGUUCAGCCGCGUGUCCGCUGUGAGGGCAGCGCGCGGGACGCCCGGGUCUAGUCGUGUAAAACGGUUCUGGUUGAUUGGAGAUGCCGGUUCGGAUUCCAGACGACUCAGACUUCUCGUCUUUUAAGGACGAGUGUCUGAGUCCGGACGGAUGGACCAUCCGGUACAACAAGGGAGGAGUCACGGUCUGGUGCCGGGAGGAGGACGGCAGCUCGGUCCAAAAAGUUAAGAUGAAGAUCGUUUGUAAAGACGUGACAGCAGAGACACUCUACGAUGUCCUCCAUGACACCAGCUAUCGCAAGAAGUGGGACACAAACAUGCUUGAAACAUAUGACAUCGGCAGGCUGACGGUCAACGCAGACGUGGGAUAUUACUCCUGGAAAUGUCCGAGUCCUCUGAAGAACAGAGACUUUGUGACGAUGAGAUCUUGGCUUCCCCUCGGCAGCGACUACAUGAUCAUCAACUACUCCGUCAAACACCCGCAACAUCCUCCCAAGAAAGACUACGUCCGAGCCGUGUCUCUGCUGACAGGUUACCUGAUCCAGUCAAACACCACAGGCUCCACCCUCUACUACCUGACCCAGGUGGACCCCCGAGGCUCGUUACCAAAGUGGGUUGUGAACAGAGUCUCCCAGUUUGUGGCUCCGAAGGCCAUGAGGAAGAUCUACAAGGCAGGUCUGAAGUACCCGGAGUGGAAACGGAAACACAACCCGACCCUGAAGCCGUGGAUGUUUCCAGAGCAGAACAUGCUGCCGUCCAUCAGCCCGUCGGAGCUGACGCUGCAGCACGCCGACUCUCUGGAAAACAUCGACGAGAGCGGCCUGAGUGAAGACAAGACCCACAACAGCGAUGACGACGAGACUUAAGACAUCCUCAGACUCUCACCUGGAGCUUCUUCGGCUCAUUUUCUGUUUCUGGGUUUGUUUGAGAAAAGGAUAAGCUAGAAACUUGUCUGACAGUGAACACCUCACUUCAGUUUCUGACAUUUUCACGUUUUGGGCUUCAGACGCACCUCGGUCUGAAGCUGCGGUCCUCCAAAUGUCCCCUCAGACUUCCACCAGAAUCCCUAAGGACUACAAAUAUGGUGUUCAUAUGAGGCUCUGCUCAUCUUCAAGGUUUCAAUUUGUUUUUUUUAGGUGUUAUCUGGUUUUUUCCAGGCUUUUUAAGGACAUUUUGCUCUUUUAGUUCUUAUCUUUAUUGUAAUAUGAUGACGAACAGAACUUGCUGCAAAUGACUCUUUUUCUUGAUUUGUUCAGGAUUAAUCAUUUAUUAUUUA